CAUUAUUUCAAAUAUUUGUGAUGCAAAAAACAUUUUUGUAAUAAUUUGUAUAAAUAUGACCAAAAUUUUUAGUUACGCUGAAAGACAGAGAAGAUUAAAGUGUUUAGUAAUAUCCAUCGAGACCGCAGUUAAGUCGUGCAAUGGCGGAAAAUGAGAAUGGCAUAAGCGAAGGCAAAUUUGUUUGCUGCACCCUGCUAAUUUUGUCGAUCUGUCUACUGGCCGCCUUUCCGCAAUGGAUGUUAAUGUGCCUCUUUGCCAAAGAUCACCUGGUGUACACGUUGACCUGCUUAUUCGUCGCGGUCGUGGUGCUCAUCUGCAUCCAUCUGUUGGAACCACUGAAGUACUGGAGGCCUUGGAACUACAUCGCCAUCAUCAUUUGCUACGAGUUGUUGACUCUGGGUGCCGCCAGUUUUCUGAUGGAAUGGGAGCUGGUUUGCACCAUUAUCGUCAUCUGCGUGGCCCUUCUGAUCCUUGUGCUGGUGCUGUUGGUCUGCAUAGUUCUAAUCCUGACCGGAUUCUAUGUGAACCCCUUUAAAGUGGCCGUCGUGGGAGCCGCAGGCUUCGUUUUGGCUUUUUUAAUUACCAUGAUGGAUGUCCUCACUGCCUGGUUCUUUUGGAGAGAUCUUGCUAUUGGUGUGUUCAUAUUCAGUGUGAUUGUUGUGACGAUCUGCCACGUGCUGAUCACCUACAACAAUUUCGAAGUACUGGUCAAGGAUGAUGCUCUGCUCGUCGCAAUUGUGCUCUACGUCAACUAUUUACUUCUCUUGGUGGGCGGUCGGGUUUCUGCCCAUUGUAUCAAAAGAAAUAUAGAGUAUUUUGAAGAGACGACACGAGCGUGCAUUGAAGUAGAACCAUCAGAAUCAUAAAUGAGGUGUAUAAGACAAAAACACUUUCCAUUUUGAUUAUUUUUCAUAAAAAAAGGUGAAAGCUA